AUGGCCACCCAAUCGGUGGCGCUCACCAUCGGGUCGCGGGAUCGCAGCGCGCGCCUGCAUCUGCCGUCAGCUUUGGUGCUGCCUCGUCUCACCUCGCUCCUCCCGGCGCGCAGAGUGCAGCGGCACCCUUGGCCGCACAUAGCUGGGUUGACGCUCGCCGAUCCGGACUAUGAUCAGCCCGCCCCGGUGGAUGCUAUUCUCGAUGCCGAUGUGUACGGCGCCCUUCUUCGAGAGGGACUACGUUCGGGACCUAGCGGCGCCCCUUCGGCCCAGGCUACAGCCCUGGGCUGGGUUCUCAUGGGUCAAGCCUCUACUUCAUCAGAAGUGCGCAAUCGAUCGGGCGUCUCUUUGUUCCACCUGUCCGCCUCCUGGGCCGAGGUGGAUCGCGCUCUUCAGCGGUUCUGGCAGCUUGAGGAACUAUCGAAGGAACCUGCUGCCUCGCCGGAAAAUCUCCAUUGCGAGAGUCAGUUUGCUGCUACGCAUGCCCGCGACUCGCGGGGCAGGUAUUUAGUGCGGCUGCCCAGACGCAACGAUCCAGGCGUUUGUCUGGGCUACAACCGCGGGGAAGCUCUCGGUAUGCUCACCAGUCUGGAGCGACGGCUGACACGCAACCCGACGCUGCGGGAGCAGUACGUGAGUUUUAUGGCUGAGUACCAACUGCUCGGUCACAUGGCAGUGAUUCCGGCUCCGGAGAUUCACCGACCCGGCGCGCGGCGUCUACUAUCUACUGCACCACGCUGUCUUCAAAGGAUCGGACUUGACCAGCAAGAUACGCGUGGUCUUCAACGCGUCGUCCCGGCCAAAGCUGCAAUCCGAGCUCUAGGCGAUUCUGUCGCGCUGGCGCUUUUUCAGGUUCGUCUUUACGACGGACAUCGUAAAGAUGUUCCGUCAGAUCUUGGUACACCCAAAGGACACGGACUUGCAGCGCAUCCUGUGCUGGCCGAGGAUGAGGGAUCCAUAUUUCCCCUCGGUGCAGAGGCCCUAAGGUCGCACUCCUACGUCGACGACAUCCUGGCGGGUGGUCACACCCUCGAAGAAGCCAUGGAGACGAGACGUCAGACGGAAGCAAUCCUUGCCGCCGGUCGAUUCGAUUUGAGCAAGUGGGCAGCCAACAUACCCAAGCUGUGCCCUGUUGAGAAGUCCAACGACAAGCUCUUCUAUGACCGAGACGGGGUCAGUACCCUGGGAGUUCUGUGGAGUCCUCCCGACAACAGCUUCGCCCUGCGGGUGGUCUCCACCUUAAACUCGGGCAUCUGCACUAAACGGACCGUUCUGUCGGACGUGGCUCGCUUCUUCGACCCUCUUAGCUGGGCCGCUCCAGUCCUGAUCUUUGGUAAGGUUUUUAUUCAGGAUCUGUAG